AUGCUCCCCGCCAGCCCCUGGGUCCGCUGGGCAAGCGCAUUCGCCCUCGCCUUCCUCGCCCUCCACCUCCUCGCCAAGUCGUCGUCGCCCUCGUACGCCCACCACACCUCGAUCGACCACGCCCGCGUCCGCCUCGGCCUCAAGCAAGGUCCACCCGAGACCUGGGCCGCAGGGCGCAAGCUCAAGCCGUGGGAGGACGCGCCCCGGACCGCAUGGCCCGUCGACGGCGACGGCGAGGACUUGGGGUUCAACGCGACGAGGGCCCAGGAGGACAAGGUGUCGGCGACGUUCCUCAUGCUCGCGCGCAACAGCGACGUCUGGGAGGCCGUGUCGGCCAUGCGGCAGCUCGAGGACCGCUUCAACCGCCGGUACCACUACGACUGGACCUUCCUCAACGACGAGCCGUUCUCCGACGAGUUCAAGCGGCACACGUCGGGCAUCGCCUCGGGCAAGACGCAGUACGGCCUGGUCCCCAAGGAGCACUGGGGCGACAAGUUCCCCGACUGGAUUGACGAGGACCGCGCCAUGAAGGCCAUCGCCGAGAUGGGCAAGAAGAACAUCCCGUACGGCGGCAGCGUGCCCUAUCGGCGCAUGUGCCGGUACCAGAGCGCGUUUGUCUUUCGUCACCCGCUCCUCGACUCGUACGAGUUCUACUGGCGCGUCGAGCCGUCGGUCAAGUUCUACUGCGACAUCGCGUUCGACCCGUUCCGGCGCAUGAAGGACGAGGGCAAGGUCUACGGCUGGGUCGUCAGCCUGUACGAGUACGUCGAGACGAUCAAGACGCUUUGGUCGACUACAAAGGAGUUUAUCGACACGCACCCAGAGCACGUCGCCGAGCCCAACCUCAUGCAGUGGAUCAGCAACGACGGCGGCGAGACGUACAACGGCUGUCACUUCUGGUCCAACUUCGAGAUCGCGCGAGUCGACUUCUGGCGAGGAAAGGCCUACACCGAGUACUUUGAGCACCUCGACAAGGCGGGCGGGUUCUUCUACGAGCGCUGGGGCGACGCGCCCGUCCACUCCCUCGCCGCCGCCCUCUUCCUCCACCCGAACCAGACGAUCUUCUUCCGCGAGAUCGGCUACCACCACGCCCCCUUCUCGCACUGCCCACUGCCACAAGACGGCGUGCGGUGCGCGUGCUCGACGUCGACCGACGAUCCGCCGACGGGCCCGGCGUUUGAGACGCACGGCUUCUCGUGCACGCCCUCGUGGAAGCCCCUCUCCUUCGGCAGCGAGCGCCUGACCGUCCUUGUCCGCCUCGCGUGCGCAGAAAAUCACGGGCGACCGAGGGAGGACGCCGUUCGCGGGAGCGCAUGGGCCGCAGUAGACGUCGCGCAAUCGUCCUCCAACAUGGACGGUGCGCCGCCUGACGACAACUUUGACGCGCUCCCCGUCGAGCAGCGCCUGUCGCACAAGGUCUGGAAGGCCCGCCUGUCCGCCUACGCCGAGGUCGCCUCGCUCGCCUCCAAGACGCCCGACGACCACGACCCGUUCUUCCGCGAACCCUUCCUGAGCGCCUCGUCUCUCCGCGACUGGGUCCGCGAUGCCAACGCUGUCGCCCAAGAGAAGGGUGUCGAGGCGGCGUGCGCUGUCGUCGAGUUCGGCGGUCGCUCCAUGGCGAGAACGCGUGCAGAAGUCGUCCCGAGCGUCGUCGAGAAGUGCCUCGGCUCCACGAGGGCCAACACGCGCAUCAAGGGCAUCGAGCUUUGUCUGCUCUACGUCGCGGCCGAGGAGGACCAGGGCGAGGGCGUCAUCGGCGAUGUCGUGCCCGGUCUCGAGGUCAAGCAGCCCAAGGUCGUCGCUGGUUCCGUCACCGUACUGCGGGAGCUCGCUCGCUGCUACGGCCCCAAGACCGUCUCGUUCAAGCCCAUCCUUAAGACGCUCCCCAAGAUCUUUGCGCACGCCGACAAGACGGUGCGCGCCGAGGGCCAGCUCCUGUGCCUCGCCCUCCACUCGUACCUCGGGCCAGCCCUCACGCCGCACCUCGGCGAGCUCAAGCCCGUCCAGCAGAAGGAGCUCGGCGAGGCGUUCGAGGCGGCCGACCGAGGAGAGAAGGACGAGUACGGGUUCGGCAAGUUGCGGCCGAGCAGGUUCACGGUGACGCAGAAGCGGGAGAUGGAGGCGCAGGAGGCGAGGGGGCAGCCCGAGGUGGACGGCGCAGCCGAGGACGACGCAGACGGCCAAGACGAAGCACCUGCCGACGAGCCCGACGCCGCACUCGACCCGUUCGACUUUGCCGACCCGAUCCCUGUCGUGUCCAACCUGCCGGCCGACUUCUACACGAACCUGUCGUCGACCAAGUGGAAGGACCGGAAAGAGCUCGCGCUCGAGCCGCUCCUCGCCCUCCUGUCGACCUCGCCUCGGUACGCCUCGGACAACUACAACGACCUCGCCGGCGCCCUCGCCGGCCGCAUGGGCGACGCCAACGUCCUGUGCGUUAUUCUCGCGGCGCAGUGCAUCGAGAAGCUCGCGCGAGGGCUCCGGGACGACUUUGCGCGGUACAAGGCGGCCGUCACGGCGCCGAUCAUGGCGAGGACCAAGGAGAAGAAGCAGAACGUGCUCGACGCUCUCGGUGCCGCACUCGAUGCCGUCUUUGCGAGUACCUCGAUCGGCGAGUUCAGCGAGGACGUCGCGACGUUCGCCAAGGACAAGAACCCGUCGGUCAAGGCCAACACGCUCGCCUUCUACACGCGCUGCCUGUGCGCGACGCCGUCGCCGCCGCCCAAGGCCGACCUCGCGUCCCUCAUCGAGGCGUUCAAGGUCGCGCUCACCGACUCGGACGCCGCCGUACGCGCCGCCGCAGCCGACGCGCUCGGCUCCCUGAGCAAGGUGCUCGGAGAGCGCGUGUUUGGCGGCCUCGUCGGCGAGAUGGACCCGCUCCGCAAGGAGAAGGUGACCGAGGCGGCCGAGAAGGCCGUCACCAAGUGCCGCAACGGCGUCACGGCGGGCGCCAAGCCGGCUGCAGCCGCUCGUGCCCCUGCUCCUGCAGCAGCAGCAGCGCCGCCAAAGCCGCGAGGGCCACCGGCGAGGCUGCUGCAGCGCGCGCCGCCGGCCGACAAGGAGAACGCGCCGCCGCCGCCGUCGCCGCCUGCUCACGACGAGCCGCCUGCGCCCAAGCCGGCUGCACGUGGACCACCAGCUCGACUCGCCGCCAAAAAACCGCCUGCGCCGUCCGCCUCGGCGCCGCCAGCCGCCAAGAAGCCCGCGCCGGCACCCGCACGACCCGCAGCUGCCGGCGCCUCCUCGUCCGCCGGCGCCUCGAAGCCUGCUGAGCCGCUGCGGUACAAGCACUCGCAGGAGGCGGCCGAGGGCCAGGUCGACUCGGGCGACGUCUUCCCCGCCGAGAUCGUCGCGCAGCUCGCCGACCCGAACUGGAAGCAGCGCCUCGAGGGCAUGGACAAGCUCGUCGACUGGGUCAAGCUCGACGGUCGAGACGCAGACGCCGAGGUCAUCGUGCGGUACCUGGUCGGCAAGAAGCCCGGGCCCAAGGAGUCGAACUUCCAGGUGGCCGGCAAGGUCUUUGCGCUCCUUCAGCAGCUCGCGACCGACUCGCCCGGGUGGACCAAGGCGUGUGCGGCGGUCGCGACGCCGGUCCUGUGCGACAAGCUCGGCGACAUCAAGCUCAAGAAGCCGGCGAGCGAGGCCCUCGUCGCGUUUGCCGAGAAGUCGAGCCUCGGAUUCGUCCUGUCGCAGGCGUACGAGCCCAUGUCAAAGCAGAAGGCGCCCAAGACGCUCGCCGAGUCGUACAUCUUCGUCGACCAGGCCCUGCGCGACUUUGGCCUCGCCGGCGGCCUCGCUGUCCGCGACCUGAUCGACUUCCUCGUCGUCGGCCUCAAGAACUCGAACGCGGCGGUGCGCACCAACGCGACCAAGACGCUCGUCGCGCUCAGGCUCUUUGUCGGCCCGAGCAUCACCACGUUCCUCGCCGACCUCACGCCGCAACUGCUAUCAACCAUCGACGCCGAGUUCGAGAAGGUCUCGAGCGAGGCCCCGCCCGAGCCGACCCGUUUCGGCGCCGAUACGGUCGUCGCUGCAGCUCCUGCCGCCACCGGCUCGUCGGGCCCCGCCAGCAAGAGCAAGACCGGCGCGCCCGAGGUCGACCCGCUUGACGACCUGUUCCCUCGCGUCGACUUUGACCGCCUCGUGUCGAGCGCCCAGUGCCAGGCCCUCGGCGACGCCAACUGGAAGGUCCGCAAGGAGGCGAUCGAGCAGAUCCGCGACACGCUCGAGGCCAACAAGCGCCUCAAGCCGAGCGGCCUCCUCGAACUCGGCACGCCGCUCAAGCUACGCAUCACGGACGCCAACAAGAUCAUCCAGCUCAUCGCGCUCGACGUCGUCGCCCGCCUCGCGUCGGGCAUGGGUCAGCCGUUCGGUGAGAAGCUCGCCCGUAUGUACGCCGGUCCUGUCGCACAAGUGCUCGCCGACCAGAAGGCCAACAUCCGCGCCGCCGGCGUCGUCACGCUCAGCGCCAUGGCCGACGCCGCCGGGCUCGAGCCGCUCGUCGGGUCGUUCGACAAGCCGCUCGAGGCCAACAACCCGCUGCAGCGCAAGGAGCUGCUCGCGUGGCUCGAGCAGCGCUUCAACGACUACGACGCGCUCGACGGUGUCGACCUCGCCGUGCUCGCGGCGCCGAUCCUCCCGUGCCUCGAGGACCGCAACGGCGAGGUGCGCAAGUCGGCGACGGCCAUCCUGCCCGCCAUCAUCGCCAAGGCCGGCUACGGCACCGUCAUGGACGCCGUCGCCAAGCUCAAGCCGGCGUCCAAGUCGACCGCGCUGCCCAUCGUCGAGGCCGCACGGUCGGCCGCCAACGCGCUCGGCUCGUCGGCUCCUCCGCCCGCCGCCGCGCCGCCCGCUCGAGCCGGGCCUCCCGCGCGUUCAGCAGCGUCGACAAAGCCUCCUCCUGUCGCGCCGGCACCUGCUCCAGCCGCCGUCGCACCCGCCGCACCCGUCGCCGCCUCUCGCCCGGGCCUGUCUCGACCUGCCGCCAAGCUCCUGCGCCCUGUCGCGCCAACGGCCCCGCCGCCCGAGGAGCCAGCGCCGUCUGCCGUACCCGCUCGUCUUGGUCAGCCUCGACCGCGGCCCUCGAUCGGCGGCCUGCGCGCGGCGGCGGCGGCGUCCGCCUCGCGUCCCAGCUCGUCGGCGUCGGCGUCGAGCGUCAAGGAGGCGCCGUUCCGCAGCGCCGACCCCAACCCGAAGGUUCUGCGGCACCGCAAGGAGACGGGGUCGAUGCGCUGGACGGUCGACGGCACGCCGCGGCCCGACCAGGUCGACUGGCUCGCGGCGCAGAUGGCGCCGCAGGUGUCGGCGACGCUGCACGCGCAGCUGUUUAGCACCGACCACUCGGCCGAGCGCGACUUUGUCGCCGGGCUGACGGCCAUCGACGAGUGCGCGAGGGACCUGUCGAGCGCGAGCGACGCGUUCGACCUUGGCGAGGGCGAGCUGCGCGACCGCCUUGUGGCCAACUUCGACCUCAUCGUCAAGUACAUCACGUUGCGCAUCGGCCUGACGAGCACGACCAUCACGGUCAAGUGCCUCGACGUCGUCGAGCACCUCCUGCCCGUCCUGAGCAACGCCGGGUACAAGGCGAGCGACUACGAGGCUCUGCCUCUCCUUCAGUGCCUCAUCAGCAAGGUCGGCGACAGCAAGGAGACGAUCCGCCAGCGAGUGCGCGGCAUCUUCAAGGCCCUGUGCUCGAUCUACCCGUUCAGCAAGGUCUUCUCGACGAUCCUCGAGCAGGGCCUCGACAACAAGAACGCGCGCGUCCGCAGCGAGUGCAUCGAGGAGCUCGGCCAGCUGUACGCUCGCCACGGCGUCAACGUCCACCCGAUCUCGCAGGCCCUGCCGCGCAUCGCCUCGUUCAUCGGCAAGCCCGACGCGACGACCCGUACGGCCGCCCUGCACGCCAUCGGCGCCGUGUACACGCUCGUCGGGCCCGACGCGACCUGGAAGGCCGUCGGCCAGCUCCCGCCCAAGGACCGCUCGAUGCUCGAGGAGCGCCUCAAGCGUACGGCGACGGGUGCGCCGUCGCCGGCGCCGCCAUCUCGCGUCGCGCCGUCGGCCGACCGCCCGGGCACGCCGAGCGGCAGCCUGCGCCCGCCUGCGCCCGCCAGCCGGCUCGCGCCGCCCGCCUCGCCCUCGCCGGCCAACGGGCACGCGAGCGCGCAGUCGCGCGUCGGCAUCCCUCGACCCGGCGCCAUCCCGAGUCGGCUGCAGCGUCCUCAAGCCGCAGCGGCGCCCGUCGAGGACGAGCAGGACAUGCCGCCGCCGCCUGUGCGUCGGGGCGUCCCUGCUCCCGGCUUCGCGUCCAAGGCCGCCGUGCGCCCACCGUCGCUGCGACCGCCGUCGGGCGCGUCGGCGCCGUUCACCGAGGACGACCUCAUGGCCGAGACGGUGUCGGACCUGCCGUCGCUCAUCGAUGCGCUCGAGACGGACGACAUGACCGCCUGCGCCGACGUCCUCAAGCUCGUCCUGCGCGAGAUCACCAAGAACACGGAGCACGUCCUCCUGCACGUCGACGCCCUCAUCGACGCCGUCACGGCCCGACUCGAGCUCGGCUUCACCAACCUCACGGCCGCCACGCCGCCGGCGCAGCUCCGGCUCUGCAAGCACCUCAUGUCGACGCUCACGGCCCUGUUCGACAAGCGCACGCUGUCGCAGCAGGUGUCGCGCCUGCCGCUCACGGGCCUCCUCGCCGACCUCAUGGGCCGACUACUCGACACGGCCGACAACCCCGUCAGCGAGCCGAUCCAGAGCCUCUCCAAGGUCCUCAACAUGCUCCUCAUCCGGGUCUUCCACAACGCCGACCAGAACGUGUGCUUCGGCGCCCUCUUGACGGUCCUGCAAGACGCGACGAUCGACUUGCGAGAGCUGCGCGGCGAGGAGCUGGCCGAUCGGGCCAAGUACGCCGAGCUCGUCAUGAAGUGCCUGUGGAAGGUCUCGAAGACGGUCAAGGAGAGCCUCGAGAACCGCAACCUGCUCGCGCCUCGCCUCCUGAGCGACAUCAACCAGUUCCUCGUCACUAUCCCGCCCGCCGAGUGGCGCCGCCGCUCGACCGACAACAUCCCGCUCGCCGACCUACCUCUGCGCACCGUCAAGACUAUCCUCCAGCAGGUCGUCUCGGUCCUCAAGAACCAGGUGUUCGACGAGCUCGACGAGAUCGACCAAGCCGAGAGCUCGUUCGUCUACCUGUACCUGCACCGCCUCGUCAACCAGGCCGCAGGCGGCGCUCCCGAGCCGUCUCGCCCGUCGACCUCGUCGCUCGCUCGCCAAGCGUCGGCAGCGUCGCUCUCGUCGCAGCCGUCUGGCGACGACGCGCCGUCGCGCAGCUCGAACGGGUCGCCGCCGUCGAACCGCAUUGGGUCGCGCCCGUCGUCCAGCAUGGCCGCUCCGCCGACCGUGACGUCGCCGGGUGGCACCGACAUCGCCGUCAACCAGCGCCUCAAGGAGAUCUUUGACCUGAUCGGCGACCCCAACAACUCGCGGUCGGGUAUCGCUGCGCUGUACGAGUUCCAGAAGGAGCAUCCUGAGGCGUCUGCCCGCAUCGCGACCUGGAUGGCUGGCACGGGCAGCUACUUCCAGACCUACCUCAAGCGCGCGCUCGCGAACCUCGAGGCGGCCGACCGCGAGCGCACCGGCGAGCCGCCUGCCUCGCCCUCGCCCUCUCUCGACGCAGCCUCGACCACCGCACGUCCGGUUUCGCACUCGUCUCGGCCGCCGAGCGUCGCCGUCCCUGGAACGCCGACCCGCUCGAGGCUGUCGCUCGGGCCCGGCGCGCUCAACUCUACGCCGCAGCAGAGCGCCAAGCUGCAGGAGCUUCACUCGAUGUUCGGCUUUGCGGGGCAGAGCGGCGAGGGGAGCGGGUCGUCGAGGGAGUAGAGCGGUUCGUCGUCGGUGGCGAGAGUCUGGAGGAGGCACACUUUUCGUUACUUUCGCUCGCCCUGUUGUAUCAUCUAGUCCUCCUUUCGUCCUGCGCUCAGAGCGCAGGUGCGCAACGUCUGUCUCGUUCUCUCCC